AUGGAGAACUCCUCCCUUCCUGAAAUCAAUUCCUCAUGUGCAGACUGCUCUGGAAAAGGACAUGGGAGUCUGAAUAUGUCCACUACUCCAGUAAGCCUCGGGUACUACAUCACAGUGCCUGUCAUCUACUCAGUCAUCUGUGCUGUGGGACUGACAGGCAGCACUGCUGUCAUCUAUGUAAUCCUCAAAGCACCAAAGAUGAAAACAGUAACCAACAUCUUCAUCCUCAACCUGGCCAUUGCUGAUGAGCUCUUUACCUUGGUGCUGCCCAUCAACAUUGCUGACUACCUGCUCCUGCAGUGGCCCUUCGGAGAGCUCAUGUGCAAGCUCAUCAUCUCCAUAGACCAAUACAACAUUUUCUCCAGCAUCUACUUGCUCACUGUCAUGAGCAUUGACUGCUACCUCGUCGUGGCAGCCACCACCAAGUCCAGGAAGGUGUCCUACCGCACCUACUGAGCAGCCAAGAUUGUGAGCCUCUGUGUCUGGUCCUUUGUCACUGUCAUCAUCCUGCCCUUCGCCAUCUUUGCUAAGAUACACAAGGAGCAGGGGCGCUCCCACUGCGUCUUCGUGUUCCCCCACCCCAAGAGCAUGUGGUGGAAAGGCAGUCAGAUCUACACCCUUAUUUUAGGUUUUGUCAUCCCAGUGUCCACCAUCUGCACCCUGUACACGACCAUGCUGUGCAGACUGAGACGUGUGCAGCUCUACUGCAAUGCAAAAGCUCUGGACAAAGCAAAAAAAAAAAAAAAGGUGACGCUGAUGGUGGUUGCUAUCCUGGGUGUGUGCCUGUUCUGCUGGACGCCCUUCCACCUUAGCAUGGUGGUGGCUCUCAUCAUGGACAUCCCCCAAACUCCACUCGUCAUUGGAAUUUCCUAUUUCAUCACCAGCCUAAGCUAUGCCAACAGCUGCUUCAGCCCUCUCCUGUACGCCUUUCUGGAGAGCUUUCUCAGACUGACAGAUUGCAGAACCACCUCAUAAAGCCAGCCCAGCACUCUGCUCUGUCCUGUGUCCCUCUCACAGUCACCAGCUUUUCCUGGGUGAUUCCAGCCCAGAGAGUGCUUUCUCUCCAGUCUCCUUGUGAUGGCUCACAGGGCUUCAGGUUGUCUUACUACCCAAGACAUGAAUUGGGGCCAGGCGGAUCUCACCUGUCCUGCACUCAUUUCCUUGGUACUGCUUUCCUUGCCCCAUUUUUUUAUUAGUUUAUUUGUUGUUACUUUUUUUUUUUUAAUUCCUUCUCUCUAAUGCUCU